AUGGCUGUGCUCCCAGCUGCUGUUCGUCCGCUACAACCCCCACCGGGCUCCAAGAUCGAUUUCGGUGCGGAGAUUGACGGUGUUGACUUGGAGAACCUGACCGAUGAGCAGUUUACUGGCAUCCGCAACGCCUUGUACCACUAUCACGUUGUUGUAUUCAAGAACCAACAGAAGCUGUCCCCCAAAGCGCAGUACGAACUCACCAAACGAUUCGACCCGGCCUCGGACAACUAUGGCCAUGGCAAGACUCUCGACGCCAAGCGCAGCAUCCUCCACCCAGACCUGAAGACGGUGCCCCACCAGCCACAGGUCCAGGUGAUUGGAAAUGGCUUUGUGCCGUCGUACGAAGGCUUGGAGAACGUCCAGCUGCGGCAUCCGCACCACCGGACGUUCCACCGAGACCAUAUCCCCGACGAAAAAGACUAUGAUUUCACGCGAUUCUACCGCUGGCACAUUGACGCCGCGCUUUAUGACCUGUACCCGCCACAGGUGACAACGCUCAUGGCCGUGGAGGUGCCCAAAGGCCGCCGCCAGACGCUCCUAUACGAUGAUGGUUCAGGGGAAACACUGGAUGUGCCGCUCGGCACGACGGCGUUUGUCAGUGGUGAACGCAUGUUCGAGCUGCUAUCUCCAGAGGACCAGGAAUUUGUGCGGACGAGCAAAAUCGAAUACGCGCCACACCCAUACAUCUGGAUGAGCUCGGCGCGCUCCCUCCCCACCGGGCUGGGCAUGUACUCGGAGAACCGGGAACUGCCCGAGUCCGAACUACCCCCUAUCGACCCGACCAAGAUCAUGAUUUUCCCCAUGGCCUGGAAGAAUCCCGUGACAGGAAAGCUGGCGCUGCAGAUCCACCCGUCUGCUGUUCGUCGAAUCCACUGCGCGGACGGGACAGUCAUCGACGACCUGGAACGGGUGCGGGAUAUCGUCUACAAGUUGCAACGGCCCGCCAUCAGCCCCCCGUAUGUGUAUACACACGACUGGCAGGACGGGGAUAUGGUGCUUUUUAACAACCGAGGCGUGCUACACUCGGUGGUCGGGGCGUUUAAGCCUGAUGAGGUGCGCUUGUUCCGUCAGUGCAAUUUGGCUGCCUCGGAGCCACCGGUUGGACCCUAG